CUCCAAUUUGUUUGACUUUUGUUUUUUAUCAUGAUUAAAAUGAAUGAGAAGAAAAUGAUCAGACACAGUUAACAAUUCGAAUCUCCACAGAAAAAACCAAAAACCAAACCUAAAUGAACAAACAAUCGACGGCCAUAACGAACAUUGAAAAACAAAGUGGUGGACUAAACAUCGAUGAUGAUGCGGAAGUCAACAACCAUGAUAAUACUAUUCAAACGGAUAAACAUCGUAUGAUUGUCGUGAGUUCCUUGGGUCUGUAUUUUGCUAUUCUAUUGAUGGCUACGAUUACUUGCAUGAUCAUAUCAAAUCAAGAUCUAUGUUCAAUGAUAACAUUUUUACUAUUUACAUCCAUUAUCGCUUUAAUCUGUUAUGCUGAUAGUCAUUGUUGUUCGAAAGGUUGGCCUAACCACAACAACAACAUUACCGUCAGUGACGACGACGAUCAAACAAAGAAUCUUAUUCCCGAAUCUGUUCUGAUCAGGCCUAUGUGAUUCUAGUGAACAAAAUUAAACCGAAUUCAUUUAUAAUGCUUUA